AGCACUCUCAUUCCACACAACACAGCACAGCACUCUCAUUCCACACAACACAGCACUCUCAUUCCACACAUCAGAUCAACGACGGAAACGUCCCAGCAGGUGGCAGCAGUGGACUGUCUGUCCUAAUUAUUUUAUUACUGGUUUUUGUACUGCAAUUCUCAGUAAGGUGGUGGCAGUGUACAAUCUUUAUACUUUAGUGUCGCGAGCAUUCCUUCGCUAAUAGAUCAAUCAGGUUUCCGUCCGGAUUAAUAAAAGGACGGAUAAUUACUGUAUGCUACGCACAGCUUCUGACAGGAGAGAAGGUACAAACAGGCGGUUUUUACGAACAGAUAAACGAAUGUUCAACACAGACCGGAAAGUUUAUAGAGAAAGCAAUGUUCUACACAGACCGGGAAACUUAAAGAGAAAGGAAUGUUCUACACAGACCGGAAAGAAUAUUUUAGUCAGUUCCGUUUACUCCAGUAAACGGACAAAAAACGUAAAUGUACCAAAAAGCUGAUAGCUGCCAAGAAGUUCCUAUUCAGGACAAAUGAUUUCAUGCUGGGAAAAACACUUAUUGAGUCGUGAAUAUUAAAAUCCGUAUGCCUAUACAUAUAUCAAAGUGUUUAAGCAUCUAUAAUAAGCCUCGUUUAACAUGUUCAUAACAACAUUGUAAUUACCCCGGAACAACGAUCUCAAUGUGAAUUUUUGUUGGACAUGUUGGACAUAAUGAAUAAUAUUAGUUGGUAAAAGGCGCCCUCAAAAUAAACGCAGUCUGUCGCGUAGGAAAACCAAAUCCUGCUUUUUGUUGCUAUGCCAACGAAAUGUUCAACUACUUGGUGGUGAAAUAGUUAAGGUUAAUAUUUCCCUUUAUAGGUCAGAGCAUCACUUUCUCUCUGGGAUGUUCAGCAGAGGCGCACAAGGAGAUUAAGUCAGCGCGAUAUUUUCUUUUCUGCAACAAACCUGGUCCUUUUUGCGCAAACCAAUCCGAUCGACAGAUUUGAUACAAUGCAGAAUUCUGUAUGCUGUUGAUAUUUUUUACCUGGUAUGGCUAAUUUCGGGGCUAUAGUUCUGUACUUGCUGCAUUUUUUCGUUUAUUUCAGCAACGGGCAGCCACAUGCGCGCGAGCGGGUCGGACCAUGGACUCAAAGGAUUCAGUGGGAAAACAACGGUCGCGUGUACAGUUUAUUGAGCACGGGUUCCCAAUAUCGGCCACCGGAGCAGACAAGAAGGCCCUCCCGCGUGUACCUGAGCGCUAAACGUGAAAGCACCGGGCACCUUCUGUCUGUUCCGCCGUUAAGUCCUUCUCGAGGUAGAGAUUUGAAUUUAGGAGCUGCUGAACCCAGUGUGACUGGUUCUAACGUUGUGGGUCCUAAAAGAGUCCAGCCAAGUAUAUCCGAUUCUAAUGCCGUAGUUUUGGGGGUUGAUCCUGGGCAGUAUAUAAUCGCCACUCGCAGCGCAUCGGUCGCGAGGCGCCGCAGUCACCCUCUCACUUCGCCACAGCGCGAAGAAGCAGAUGAGUCCCCUGUUGCCGUUCAGGUUGCGUUCGGCACUGUCUCCAGUAGGAAUUUCACGGCAGCAGAGGCGGCUGUAGAAUUCUCGGGAGACACGCACGCUCGGGAUCGUGAUAGUGCUCUCGCGCUGGGCAGGACCACUCCGACAGUGGGCAGUGAUGGGAAGCAGGAACGAGUAGGCAGACGGGCAACUGUUCCCGGGGGAUCUAGAUCGGCAUUCCGUGACAGUAAAGAAGAUAGGAACUCACUGGCAAAUCCGUUGCAAGUUUCUGCACCAGUUAGAGCACUGAGGGACGAUAUAUCUCGGAAUGGCACUGGCAGUAGCAACACUGCAUCAUCUGUACAGGAGGGAGAGCGCGAUCCACUCGACUCUUCAAAAAAUCACAGAAACACGGUUUUCUACAACGUUUAUGAGAAUAACAGAAGAACUCCGGCGCGGACACACCGUCUGCCUGGCUCCGGGCACGGCGCCGGGUACUACCAUCAUGGACUGCCGGACCUCGUUCCCGAUCCUUACUACAUCCAAGCGUCCACUUACAUUCAGCGCGUGCAGAUGUACGCGCUCAGGUGCGCAGCGGAGGAAAACUGUCUAGCCAGGUCUGCAUACCGGCCUGGGGUCAGUGACCUGGAGUACCGGGUUCUGCUCAGGUUCCCUCAGAGAGUUAAAAACCAGGGAACAGCUGACUUCCUGCCACUCAAACCCCAACACCUGUGGGAGUGGCACAGCUGUCACCAACAUUACCACAGCAUGGACGCCUUCAGUGACUAUGACCUGCUGGAGGAGUCCUCCGGCCGUAAGGUGGCCGAGGGGCACAAAGCCAGCUUCUGCCUGGAGGACACGGCCUGUGACCCAGGCACUCGCCGGAGAUACGCCUGCACCUCCCACACACAGGGAUUAAGUCCUGGUUGCUAUGAUAUCUACCAUGCCAACAUUGACUGUCAGUGGAUCGACAUCACUGAUGUGCCACCUGGAAGCUACAUACUUCAGGUCACAGUGAACCCCAGUUUCCAGGUGCAGGAGGCAGAUUAUUCCAACAACGUGGUGAGGUGUCAGAUCACCUACACAGGUGCAUUUGUGCAAACGCACAACUGCAGGAUAACACGGUGAGGAAUUUGAAACAUCCUGAUAAGCCGUAAGACUCUCAGCUCUGCCAUCCUCCACGCUGGUGAGGAGCUGGAGUCCUUUCCUCACCAGUCCUGCAUGCUCCAUACUGCCUGAACUUCAGGACUUUGAUCAUUAUUAGUUCUUUUGUUUUUAAUAGUGUGUAUGUAUUUAUGCUGCAUAUUAAUUUCGCUACCGUAAUAAAGAGAAGAGCUGUGUGAGAGGUUAAUGCUGAAUGACUGUGGACUGUGAUAUUCUUUGCCUCAGUGCAACAUAACACUUCCCCUCAAGCUCUUUUCUUUUCUAUGUCUGAUUAGCUGCUCAGUUGCUGUCAUUUCUUACUGGUACUACCUGAUUUAAUAAAGGCAGAUAUUCCUUGUUUUGUUGCCUUUAAAGCAUUUUGAGAGUAUUGGAAUUAACAAAGAAAGUUACUGUGGUAGAAUAUUUUUAAAAUUUACAUGUGAAAAAAUUAUGCCUGGGUGUAUUAGAGUGUAGUAGAGGUCAAACUCAGAACUGAAUGAUUCCCAAAACAUUCUGAACAACUGUUUCAUAGGGAUGUAUAUCUGUGCAUGUGUGCUGUAAGGAUGUAAAAAAAUAAUUUCUUUACACACCAAACUGAAGCCAUGAAUUAUGUGACAGUCACUAUUCAUAAUGUUAAACAAUCAUUGAAUCCUUUAAUGUAAAUCCCUUUUGGAGUAUCUUUGUUUUUCUGUGUUUUUUAUACAUGUAAUAUAUUGACCUGAUUUGUAGAACGAAAGAUGGCUGGUUUUCUAUCACUGAUUUCACAAUAAAAAUGAAGGCAAAU